UGUGUGUGUGUGUGUGUGUGUGUGUGUGUUUAAUAAGCGUCGGUGCGAGCAAAAAGGUUUAAAGCCCUUCCUUUCCCCGUCCUCUCGACAGCUUGCCUCAAUCCCCCAUCCGAUCCCACCCCCACCCAUCCCAGUAAUUACCGCUGACGCGGGCAGGCACACAACAAAACUCACCUGACCUUCUAGUAAUGCAACCAACCCCUUCCCUACCUUGACACAAGUUAUAAGUAUGGUAAAUUCUACAACAGGACGGCAAACAGACAAAGACUCGAGUGUAAACAACCCGCGCCACUAACAACCACUUGCCACCAGACCAAAGCAUAAAACCAAGGCCUUGCAAGAAAUUACACACAAUUGCAUGUACUCACCACUAUGUCGGAUAGCCAGAGGUCACAGUGUUCUUGGGCAACUUGUAAUUCACCCAACGUCAACACGAGAACCUGUCCCACAGUCACUUCCGCACAGCACAGGUCCCACUUCCUUCCCUCUCACUCCUCUGCAAUCGACAUGUCAACCAGGGUUGCCAGACACUACACAUGAAAAAAGGACAGACCUGCUUUAAAAAAAGGACAUUUGCCUCCAAAAAAGGACAGCACAACAAAAAGUAUUAUAACGUAGACAAGCGCCGCCGCCUCUUGAGGCCUCCCUUAAUUGCCUUCCCCGCGAGCGGUGAGGAGAAACCACCGCCAGGGAAAGUAAAGUCGUUAAGGAACUUGCAUCACCGGCAAGCUGCUCAGGGCCGCUCUAAGGGGAGCGCACAAGACAGCGCCCCCAGCAGAUAUGGAUGUGUGUGAGCUGGGGGGGACGUGGGGCCGACACAUGGUCCCGACCUUCUCGUGCGAUGACGUGGGAGUGGAUCGCAAGCCUUUCGAGAGCACCAUGCCCCUGCCUGACUCAAGCCACGCCGUCCAGCAGCUGCACGCACUCUUGCCCACCAGACCUGAUGUGGCUUUCCUCAGAACAGAUCCUGCUUUCUUGAUGCGCUUCCUUCGAGCCAGAAAGUUCAGGGUGGGAGACGCCUUCCUGCUGCUGUGCCACUACUUUGAGUACCGCCAACGCCACAGAGAUCUCUUCCGGGGCCUCAACGUGGGCGGUGAGUGUGAUGGCAAGGGUGAAACAGCCAUCCAGACAGCCCUUCUAGAUGGCCUGCCAGGGGUGCUGGCUGAGCGGGACCCAUGUGGAAGGCCUGUCAUAGUCCUCCUUGCUUCCAACUGGGACCACACAAAGUAUGACGUGAGAACAGUGUACCAGGCUGUGCUGCUGACCCUGGAGAGGUUGGUGGAGGAUGAGGCAGUGCAGUCCAAUGGAGUGGUAGCCAUCCUCGACUGGUCCAACUUUCCAGCCAGACUGACCACCAGUUUAUCACCAAAACUUCUCAGGCUCAUGCUGGAUGGACUACAGGAUGCUUUCCCACUGCGUCUGGGAGCCCUGCACCUUAUCAACCAGCCCUGGUAUGUGGAAGCAGCCUUGGGUCUUGCUCGGCCAUUCCUCAAGGAAAAACUACGUUCAAGGAUACAUGUUCAUGGGAAUAAUUUAGCCAGAUUACAUGCCCAAGUGCCACCGAGGCUCCUGCCUGCUGAGCUUGGAGGAGAGGGAGGAGAGUACCAUGCACUCACCUGGGCCUCCACCAUGCUUAAUUACACACCUGCUCAGCAAACCACUGAGAAGACUUCACCAGCCUCCCCAGCUACUCCCACACCAGACCCACCAAAAGCUGUGCAGAGUGCAGAUGUCAAAACUACAACAGUCAAUGUGAAGACUAACUCUUCCCUCCUCGAUACGACAGAAUGCUCAGCCAACACCGCAGCAGACUCCCAGAGCACCCCUCUGGUGACCAAAAGUGAAAUUACUGUAGAGCCAAGUAAAAGUUUUACCUCAAUAUUGUUUGGGUUGAGUGAUUCUAACAGUGCCACCAAUGGUAAUGUUAGUGAGGGAGAGGAUACCUCAUUGAAGUCUCAUUAGAGAUAGUUAUCAAAGCAAGAUGUAGAAUGGAAAUCAAUUUGAUUCAAGACUCAUUUUACAUACAUUGAAAAAGCUUUCACCAAGAGUUUUGCUUUAAAGCUGCAGUAUCAGCUUUUGUUCUAGUUUGCAUGUGGUGCUGGUGAAAGUUUGACAUGGUGAAUACCUUGUGUACUAUGUUCUUCCUGAAUCAUAUAUACGUAUAUGUAUACGUUCAUACAGUACUUUCACUCAGAAGUUAUUUAUUUCUCCAGUGCACAAGACAUUUUUACAUAUUAUUACAAACGUACUUAUUCCUGAGAAUCCAUUUAUUUUUUAUAACAAUUUUCUGCUGAUUGCCAAUGUUUACAUGAACUACAACACUCUUGCAUGGAGCCUUCACUGUAAUGUUAAACUGUUCUAGUCUUUUGUAUGUACUGAGAAUUCAUGACAAUAUGUUAGUAAGGCAUUGUCCUCAAGGAAGAACUGUGAUGACUCGGUCAAGGUUAUCUCUUGGUGGUAACAUCAUGUAAGCUGACUGGAAAUGCACCAAAGGGAAUCCUAUCUUCAUCAUGUGUUCUCGUAAUUUUUCUAUAAUUUGGAAUGCGAAAUAAUUAAGUAAUCAGAGUUUAGUAUUCUGAUGACUUGUAUUGGGCCAAGAAAGGAUUAGAAGAAUGUGAUUCACUCAGUAUGGGCUGCAAGAGAGUACUGCACAAAUGCAAAUUUCACUAUUUUACUCUCUCUCUCUCUCUCUCUCUCUCUCUCUCUCUCUCUCUCUCUCUCUCUCUCUCUCUCUCUCUCUCUCUCUGUGUGUGUGUGUGUGUGUGUUUGUCAAAGAAAUAAAGGAAUUAAACCUCUUCAUUUGUGGUCAGUUAUGAACUAAUCAUACCAAUACAACCAUUUGUACUCAAAUAAAUCUCAGUAAUAUUUUGGCCCACUAUUGUAUUCAUAUACUUAAUCAUAACUUAUUACUAGUCAAGUGUUCUCACAAGAAAAUAUUUGAGAUUUCUUCCCUAUAGUCUAUGAUUUCUCUUUGUAUUUAUUUUUUGGCAACAUAUCAGAAAGGUUUCUUCAGAUCCAGCUGUCUUAUCACAGGAGCAGGUGAUGCAGGUCUCAGGUGCUCAUCCCAUCCUCAAGCAUUUCAGUUUAUCAUAUCGAAGAAUUUAUCAAUUUCAUAACAAUUAUGUAAUUAAUUCUGGCCUUCAUGAUCAAGAAAAUUCCUUAAUACUGCUUUGCAGAGCUUCAAUAAUUUGCAUUCAAUACAGUAUAAAAUUAGAAAAUAUGAGCAACCAACAAAUGCAUUCAAUAAUGUCAGGGAUGGCUUUUGUUCACCAUUACUGAAGUUGCCAUAUUGCAGACAAACACAUACUGUAUUCCAGUUUGACAAAUGUAUGUAUGUAAUGUAGUGCUUGUAUAGCACUGUAUUUCUAUAACAAGCAAGCAAAAGUUACUUAUUACUGUACAAGAUUGAAAUCAAAUUAUGAUGAUUAUUUCUAUGUGAUUUGUAUUUAAGUCAUGAUUUCAGCCAGACCUUGAAGAAACCUAUUUGCAAGAUGUAUAAAGGCUUUUAAGUGAUGGGCUUUGAAAAUGCCAAUGUAGGCAAGUUGACAGUAAACAAAUAUUAAAAUUAUGAUUUUCAAUAUACAUGUGUAUAAUUUUUACUAGGCAAUAAAGUUUUAUACAAAAUA